UCACCCAGCCGGAUUUGGUUUGAGAUCCCAGAGCCCCGUACCUCCAAGCCCAGACGAGAUGUCCGGCAAGGGUUCCGUGGUCCUGGCCUACAGCGGCGGCCUGGACACCUCCUGUAUCCUGGUGUGGCUCAAGGAGCAAGGCUAUGAUGUCAUCGCCUACCUGGCCAACAUUGGCCAGAAGGAAGACUUUGAGGAGGCAAGAAAGAAGGCGCUGAAGCUCGGGGCCAAAAAGGUAUUCAUUGAAGACGUCAGCAGGGAGUUUGUAGAGGAGUUCAUCUGGCCCGCCGUGCAGUCCAGCGCCCUGUACGAGGACCGCUACCUGCUGGGCACCUCCCUGGCCAGACCCUGCAUCGCCCGCAAGCAGGUGGAGAUCGCCCAGAGGGAGGGUGCCAAGUACGUGUCUCAUGGUGCCACAGGGAAGGGGAACGACCAGGUCCGCUUUGAGCUCACCUGCUACUCGCUGGCACCCCAGAUCAAGGUCAUCGCGCCGUGGAGGAUGCCUGAGUUUUACAACCGCUUCAAGGGCCGCAACGACCUAAUGGAGUACGCCAAGCAACACGGAAUCCCCAUCCCGGUCACACCCAAGAACCCGUGGAGCAUGGAUGAGAACCUGAUGCACAUCAGCUACGAGGCCGGAAUCCUGGAGAAUCCCAAGAACCAGGCACCUCCAGGCCUCUACACAAAGACGGAGGACCCUGCCAAAGCCCCCAACAGCCCUGACAUCUUGGAGAUUGAGUUCAAGAAAGGGGUCCCCGUGAAGGUGACCAAUGUCAAGGAUGGAACCACUCAUCGGACCUCCUUGGAGCUCUUCACCUACCUGAACGAAAUCGCGGGCAAGCACGGCGUGGGCCGCAUCGACAUUGUGGAGAACCGUUUCAUCGGGAUGAAGUCCCGUGGUAUCUACGAGACCCCAGCAGGGACCAUCCUCUACCAUGCUCAUUUAGACAUCGAGGCCUUCACCAUGGACCGUGAAGUGCGCAGAAUCAAACAGGGCCUGGGCCAGAAAUUCGCCGAGCUGGUGUACACGGGCUUCUGGCACAGUCCUGAGUGUGAGUUUGUGCGCUACUGCAUUGCCAAGUCCCAGGAGCGUGUGGAAGGCAAAGUGCAGGUGUCUGUCUUCAAGGGUCAGGUGUACAUCCUCGGCCGCGAGUCCCCCCUGUCCCUGUACAACGAGGAGCUGGUGAGCAUGAACGUGCAGGGCGACUACGAGCCCAUUGAUGCCACGGGCUUCAUCAAUAUCAACUCGCUCAGACUGAAGGAGUAUCAUCGCCUUCAGAGCAAGGUCACCGCCAAAUAGAGCGGCUGACAAUGCGCAGCCAGGGCCGGCUCGCUCCGCGCUGUCUGAUUGCGAGUUCCCUCCCGGCGGCGGCAGUGUAGUGGGGCUGCCGCACUCUCGCUUUGUCUCCUCGGUCCCCUGUAGCCUGCCAAAGUAGUCGUCAUUGGGGUUGGGGGUGCCAAGCUGGGGAGCAAUAAAACGACUCUAAGGAGG